UAAUCGACUUCAUACUUGGCAUUUUCCUUGUUUCUUAAUACUAAUUUUAGAAAAUUGACAACAUUUUAAAUAGAAGAUUGAAACUGUUUUCUGAAAGUGCCUCUUCUUUCUUCUUAUCUGCCAGGGACAUAAUACUUGAAAUUCACUUCCUAUGUUUCUUCGUUUUCCUCCAUGGUUCAUUAAUUCACAGUGGUUUCAGCAUAACCAGAAGCCAAAUUCGCGGUUUUUCGAGAGGGUAGAAGAGCUUUUGUCAGAUCCUUGUCCCUACUCAAACUUGGGGAUGAUUCUGAACACUAGUGAUGGACACGUAUGAUUGCCACCCGUCUCCAUGCAUGUCCUCUCAACUCCACGUCUCUCUCUCUCCUCCCUUUCCCUCUUCCUCUCUCCCCCACCUACAACACAUAUAACCCCCAUCUUCACCCUUUUCCUUGAGCAAGAUCUCUCUGCCAAAAAUGGUGAUCAACAAUGCUAAAUUUCCUUUCGCCUUCUUCUUGUGUUGUACUUUCUGUUUGUGGGUGGCUCUCUCUCUAGUUGCAGCCCAGGAAGACCCUGAGCUCCAGCAGUGCAAGCACCAGUGCCGGGUCCAGCAGCAAGUGAGCGAGCGCCAGAGUGGAGAGUGCGAGCAUAAGUGCGAGGAUUACUACAGAGAGCACCACGGGCCUGUCGUGGAUCCCGAGAAGCAGCUCCAGCAAUGCCGCAAGCAGUGUGAGCUGCUGCAACCAGGGAGGCAGAGAGAGCAGUGCCACCAAGAAUGCCAGGAGAAGUAUGACCAGCAACAGCUAGAGGAAGGAGGAGAGGAGGAAGAAGAAAACAACCCUUAUGUGUUCCGGGACCAACAUUUUGCUUUCCUCCGGACCAACCAAGGCGAAGUGAAAAUCCUAGAGAUGUUCGACCGAAGGUCCCGCCUCCUCCGCGGCCUCAAGAACUACCGUUUCAUAUGCCUUGAAGCCAACCCUCAAACCUUCGUGGUUCCAACCCACUAUGAUGCCGAGAUCGUCGGCUUCGUCUGCUCGGGGCAAGGAACCAUCACAAUGGUGUGCCAAGGUAAGAGGAUAAGCUUUCGUAUCAGAAUAGGAGAUAUAGUGAGGAUUCCCGCAGGGAUUACUCUUCACCUGAUCAACUCUCACAAAAAUCAGAAACUGAGAAUCGCCUACUUUUUGCUACCUGUUGGCAUUCCUGGCAGAUUCGAGCCAUUUCAUGGCGCAGCUGGUGAGAACCCACAAUCAUUUUACAGGGCAUUCAGCCCUAAGUUACUCUCCUCUGCUUUUAAGGUUGAAGAAGGAACACUGGAGAGGGUGUUUCAGCAACAGACGAAAGGACACUUCAUCAAAGCAUCAGGAGAGCAGAUUCAGGCCUUGAGCGGCGGCCAGCAUGGGGAAGCAGCUGGGAUCUGGCCCUUCACCUCAGGGGAAUCCAAGCGGCCGGUAUUCAAUCUUCUGAACAAGGAUCCCUCCGUUUGUAACAAUUAUGGACGACUCCAUGAGGCAGACGCGGAAGACUUCAGGCAGCUGAAAGAUAUGGACAUUGAAAUCUCUUAUGCUAACAUCACCCAAGAAGGAAUGAUGGGUCCGUUCUUUAACUCAAGGUCAACAAUGGUGGCUGCAGUGCUCGAAGGAGAAGGGUACUUGGAGAUGGUAUGUCCUCACCUCUCUGGAGAGAAGCAGCAGCAACAGGGGGCCAGUCCCAUUUACCAGAAAGUAAGCUCAUCUUUGCGCCGUGGUACACUCUUCGUCGUCCCGGCAGGCCACCCCAUUGCCAUCGUCGCCGGAACCAGCUGGAAUUUGGAGAUUGUGUGCUUUGGCAUCAACGCUGAAAACAACCGGAGAGAACCUCUUGCAGGGAAAGGCAACGUUGUGAACGGACUGGAGAAAGAGGCGAAGGAGCUGGCCUUUGCCCUCCCUGCAAGAGAGGUGGAUAAGGUAUUCAGGAAGCAGAAAGAGGAGUUGUUCUUCCCAGGGCCACAACUGCAAAAACAGCAACACCAUCAUCAUCAUAAGGGCCAUGCCUAUGCAUGAUCAGAGGAAGAUUGAUGAUGAGGCAGGGCUUUAGCUGAGAGGGUAUUGCGGAGGAAUUUGCUUAAUUCCACCUUACUAUGUCUUCGUGUAUUGAGACAGAGCGUUAACGUUAGCUGCUCUAGUGUGUACGGCCAUGAAUAAAUAAAUGAAACUCCAAUGUUGAUAUCUGUUUUGUAAAA